AUGAACAAAGGCCAUGUGCCAAGGGCACCAAUCAGCCCGGCGUGGAUGCAACAGGGCACCACGUGGCAGAGCCCUAGCAGGAGCAGGCGCAAAAGGGACCGUAUACGUCCCACAGGCAGCGAGGACUCCUGCAGCGGCGGCAGCUCAGCGAGUGCUCUACUGGAGGACAUCCGGGUUGCCACUGAGGGCUAUCGAAUAGACUCUGCCAGGGCAACAGCCGCGCUGCGACCUCUACGUGAGGUUGUGAAGCAACUCCGUGAGGCCAUCCUCAAUGUACGCAUCGAGCGAAUUCUGGAGGCUCAGACGGAGAAGGUGGCUGUUGCAGCGGCAGAGGCCGUGCGGCUGCAACUUGCGCCUCUGGAGCAGCGGGUUCUUCAGGUUCAUCAGGACCUCUUGCCUUUGCACGUUCAUGGUGAUCAUCUUGACCAACCUGGCUGCAUCAAUGCGCAGGAGAUCCCGCUCCCGCUCCAGGUGACGGCAGAAAGUCCUGUCCUUCCACCGCCAAGUCUGCCGAGCAGCUGCCUGCGGCAGUCUGCCUUGGUUCCUGCCACAGAGAUCGCAUCAUGGAAGCGGAACAGCGCGGGCAACCGCGAGAUGCCAGAGGACCGGCAAGGGCCCAGCCUUUCAAGAGAAACUCCAGCCAAGCUCACGGUGUCCUUCUCCAAGAGCGCAACGAUGGGGGAGAAAAAGAGGAAUUCUGGGACGACCCCAAUCCCGCUGGCAAAGUCGGUGACCACGUUCCACUUCAAUGAGUCGGACAUGCGUUGGCACAGACGAAUUUGCCACCAGCUCGUGCGCAAUGCCCGCUUUGAGCUACUGGUGAUGGUGACGCUGCUGGCAUCGUCAGCAACCUUGGGUGCUGAAACACAUGUGGCAAUGCAGGAUAUCCACUCAGAGCCGCAUGUAAUUUUCCGCAUAUUCGACAUCACCUGGUGCGUGGCGUUCGUGUUGGAGCUUGUGCUUCGCAUUUUUGCAGACGGCAAGAUGUUCUUCAGCACAAGAAACCCAGAGUUUGGGUGGAACUGGAUGGACACUUUCUUUGUCGCCAUAUCGACUGCCGAUGAGGCGAUUGUGCUGCUAGGAUUUGCAAUCGAGCUUUCUCAGUUCCGACUCCUGCGCAUGAUACGCUUGGUGCGUGUCCUGAGACUGCUGCGAGUUGUUCGUUUCUGCAGCGACCUGCGCAUCAUGGUCAACGGAAUAGCAGGGUCUGUGCGAGUCCUGUUCUGGGCGUUGAUGCUGCUGGCAAUCGUCAUGUUCAUCUUCGGCGUCACCCUCAUGCAACUGGCGUAUGCCCAUCUUCAGACCAACGAGGCUGACACAUCUGAAGUGACGAAGUACUACGGUACUUUGGGCAGAAGCAUGCUGACGCUCUUCAUGGCUAUAUCCGGAGGUAUAGAUUGGAAGGAUUCCGUCGCUCCGCUUGGGCCGAUGAGCUGGAUCUUGGAUUACUUCAUGGGCGUAUACGUGUUUUUUACUUUGUUCUGUUUCAUCAAUGUGAUAACAGGCAUUUUUGUGGACAAUGCGAAGGCAUUGGGCGAAACGGAAGCAAUGCAUCAGCGCUCUGCACUGGCUUUGAAGCGCAAAAUGUGGGUCAAGAAAGUGCUGGCUCUGUUCGCCCAGUUGGACUCUGGCCAAGAGGGUGACCUCUCGUACGAAGAGUUCGCGGCAGAGAUACAGGAUGAGCGGGUCCAGGAUUGUUUCCGCCACCUGGGGAUAAAUGUGGAGAACCACACCGUGGAUGAGCUUUUUGACCUCUUCGAUGUGGAUGCCGAGGGGAAAAUCGAUCAAUCGUCGUUCGAACAGGCAAUCAGGCAAUUUCAUGGCCACGCGAGAAGCAUCGAUGUGUACAAGCUCCGGCGUGAAACACAAAAGAUUGCCAAGCAGGUUCGUUCUCUGCUUCAAGUUGUCGACCCUGCGAACACUGCACUUAGCCACCACGCCAUCUUGCGCAUUUACAAUGAGAUGAGCACCAGACCUGGCUAUCCACCCAUCACGCGUCCUACCGCUGUGGAGAUUGCAGCAGAGUGCGCCAUCAAGACCCGGGCCAUCGAGCAACUGAUAGAGGACGAGGCAAAGGUCCGCGAAAUGCUCCAGGAGCUGGAGGAGCUCGGCGAGAAGGAGGCCGAUUCGGUGUGCAUUGGCUCUCCGCAGUGGCUGGAGGGCGUGUCGCCUUGCCUGACCAGUCAUGGAGGUGCGCUCUCAGCCUCGCCAGAGUCGACAUCAUCACUGCCAUGUACGUCACCGAUGAGUGCUUGUCUCAAGGUCCCACCUCAUGGCCCUUCUGCGAGUCCGGAGUCUUCGCCUUCACACCUCAAAGCUGCACGCGAGGCGUCCGAAGAGCGAGUAAUUAUCAUGCGAUCAAAUCAAACCAGCACCACUUGGGUCAACAAGUGGUAA